AUGCAAAUUCAAAUUAAUUUUACACAGUUACACAGUUUAGGGAUCAUGUGUUGGGAGAUAUACAAUAACGGCAUUGAGCCAUAUCCUGGCAUGACUGUAGCCGAAGUCAAUCAAAAUGUUAAAGAAGGCUACCGAAUGGAGCUCCCAUCUUUCAUACCUCCAGAAGUUCAAAAUCUUAUUAGAGUGAGAUGUUGGUCAGAUAACCCGAAUGAGCGUUAUUCAAUGCCAGAUAUAGCAAAACAUCUCCAGCGUAUUCUACAGAUACCUCGCCCAGAUUUUGCAGCGAUUCGCGCAGCCAGGAUGGCUGCUGAGGCAACACAACCAACCAUAGAAGCAGGAGGAGCAAGCCAGAGACCACAGUCAUCAGCAGUGGGAGGACCACGACGACGAUCUAUGAUUGGACAAAGACAGACGCGUCCACCAGUAGGUGUCCGCAGAGGACGCUCAAGAUGUACCCUUGAAAGCAUAUGCUAA